AUGUUCAAGUUUAUGUAUUUUGUGAUAUUUUUAAAAAUUCUUCGACAAAUCGAAUGUGAAGCUCCAUCGAUGUUUUACAAUAGCAGAUCUCAAAAAUAUUUCACGCCAACAGUGAGAACUGACAGCGAAUUUCAACUGCCUCCAGCAAUUCCAAGUACAAGUUACGGCUUUCCAGCUGAACCAAAUUAUGAAGCGCCAACUGAAUCUUCUGAUUACGUGCCACCAACAGAAUCAACUCCUGCGCCUAUUAUUUUUAAACAUGUUUAUGUGCAUGUGCCACCACCUGAACCUGACUAUUCACCACCUCAAGCUGUCUCCGCACCGUCACCUGUUCAAAAGCAUUACCGAAUAAUAUUCAUCAAAGCUCCAACUCUGUCUGUUCCAACUCUUCCGCCUCUUCAAGCACUUCCCCAACAAGAAGAAAAAACCAUCGUUUAUGUGCUAGUUAAAAAACCUGAAGAUGUACCUGACAAUGUAAUUCCAACACCCACUACAACAGUUCCAUCCAAACCUGAAGUGUACUUCAUCCGAUAUAAAACACAACAAGCAACAACAACACAACAACCUGACCCCUCUGAUGGUGGAUAUUAUAAAAAAUAG